UCAUUUUGUUACCUAGUAAUUUUUUUUCUUCUUGCAUAAUAAUAAAAAAAGACCACAAUUAAAUCUUCUUUGUAACAGUCGUAUAUCUGGUGGUGCCCCCACAAAUUUAAAUUGAGUUCAUCACCUAUUUUCGGUUGUUACAAAAGAUAAUAAAUAGUAAACAAAUAAAAGCAAAAAAAAAAAAAAAAUUAAAAAAAAAGUUUUGUUUUGUUUUGACAUAAUUAUGGGAUUUCUAGACAAACUUUGGGAUGAAACGUUGGCCGGGCCCGCACCGGACACAGGCCUCGGAAAACUUCGCAAAUACAACUCUCUCUCAGCCACCAAGUCCACCGGUGCUCCGGUGGUGGGAGUGGCGGUGCCGUCCGACGACCACCUUAUCCCGAUCACUAGAAGCAUCACCAUGGUACGAAGGGAUAAUGCUCAUCGUAACCUAACUGUUUCCGUUGACUCCCCACCCGAUCCUUCUUCUCCUACGGGCUCCACCACUCCGUGCUCCCCAUUUUCACCGAGUACCCCUGGUGGGAAUUUUAGGAAAUUCACGAGGAGAAAACCGAAAUCCGGGGCGUUUCUGAACUCGGAGACAGAGAGUAAGGCUGUUUAUGAUUGGUUGGAUCAUAAUGCUAAAUUCUAUGGAUCGUUGAGUACAUUUCAAAAGGAAGUAACAAAUUUGUGA